AUGUGUAAAGCUUCAAUCUCUCAAUAUUCCUUCUUACUAGACACUUUCAAUAAGUACGGGGCUGCUUCAGGUCAAGCCAUUAACCUCAGUAAGUCUUCCUUCACUUUCGGGUCCAAGGUGAACCAGGUUAUCAAAACCAGUAUUCAGAACAAGAUGGGAAUUCUCAAAGAAGGAGGAGCUGAUAGAGUAAAAGAAAAGUGUUCUGGUUGGUAUUCUCGAAUGUUGUCUCAGGGUGGGAAGGAAGUUCUCCUGAUGUCAAUUGCACUGGCAAUGCCAGUUUUUGUAAUGUCGUGUUUCAAGCUACCUAAAACGACUUGUGAUAAUUUGGCUUCUGUAAUGGCGGAUUUCUGGUGGAGUUCUACUGAGCACUCAAAGAAUAUACAUUGGUUAAGUUGGGAGAAACUUUGCCUUCCAAAAGAUCAAGGAGGUUUAGGCUUCAGGAACAUUCAAACAUUCAACCAAGCCUUGUUAGCAAAGCAGGCCUGGCGAAUACUGCAAUAUCCGAAUUGUCUGUUUGCUCGAAUGAUGAAGAGUAGGUAUUUCCCUCAGUCGCAUUUCUUGGAAGCUACAUUAGGACCAAGACCCUCCUACGCGUGGAGAAGCAUUCUGUAUGGAAGAGACUUAUUAGUGCAAGGGUUAAAAAAGAACGUAGGAAACGGAAAAUCCUUCAAGGUCUGGUUAGAUGCUUGGAUUGAAGAUGAAGAGGGGUGGAGAGCACCUUGGAGGAUGAAUGACUUUUUCAACCCUGAUUUGAGAGUUUCUGAGCUGAUUGACGUGGAGAGUCGAAGCUGA